CAAGAUCAGCAUUAUGACUGAUGGUGACUAUGAUUAUCUAAUCAAACUCCUGGCCCUUGGAGAUUCAGGAGUGGGGAAGACUACAUUCCUAUAUAGAUAUACCGACAAUAAAUUCAAUCCCAAAUUCAUCACUACAGUAGGAAUAGAUUUUCGGGAAAAACGUGUGGUAUAUAAUGGUCGAGGACCAAAUGGAUCUCCAGGAAAAGCUUUUAAGGUACAUCUUCAGCUUUGGGAUACAGCUGGACAGGAAAGAUUUCGAAGUCUCACCACGGCAUUUUUCAGAGAUGCUAUGGGCUUCUUAUUAAUGUUUGACCUCACCAGUCAACAGAGCUUCUUAAAUGUCAGAAACUGGAUGAGCCAACUGCAAGCUAAUGCAUAUUGUGAAAAUCCCGAUAUAGUGUUAAUUGGCAACAAGGCGGAUCUUUCAGACCAGAGGGAGGUCAAUGAACGGCAAGCCCGAGAUCUUGCGGACAAAUACGGCAUACCCUAUUUUGAAACAAGUGCAGCAACAGGACAGAACGUCGAGAAACCUGUGGACACGCUUCUGGACUUAAUAAUGAAGCGUAUGGAGCAGUGCGUGGAGAAGUCACAAGUCCCCGAUGCGGCCAAUGGAGGAAAUUCAGGGAAGCUUGAUGGAGAGAAACCAGCUGAGAAAAAAUGUGCUUGCUAGACUUCACCUUUUUAAACUGAGAAUCAAGAACCUCACCCAAUUAGUUGAUCAGAAAAUGUUUGACAAGCCACACACAUAAUUGAUGAGUGAGCCUUGCACAGAUACAUUUUCUUUUCUUUUCUUCCAGAGAAUGAAUUUUUAAACACCACAAUGAUCAUCAGUAUUCAGUGGGUCUGAACUAUGAGCUAUAAGGCCUGACCAUUCUGAGUCUGAGCUUUCCCGACACACUCUCUCCAUCGGGGACAUUCAGUUGAUCUUUUGGUUGUCGUUUUGUUGUGUUUUUUUUUUAAUUUUACAGAAGCAUUGAAAUCCUCCAAUAAGUAAAUCAAAAGUGUUAGGGAGCCUAAAAUCAGAAAGAAAGGAGAUCACUUGUUGUAUAUGGGUGAGGGGAGAGGGGAAUAAUAAAUUGAUUACUGAGGAAGAACAUAAAGAAGGGUAUUUCUUAGAUUGUUUUCACUUAUGUGGAGACUAAUGAUUCAUGCUUUUUGUUUUUGCAUUGGUAACAUAUUAGCUGAAGAAAAUCUGCAAGAAUUCUCUGGGGUUCAUUAAAAAUGACCUUAUUAUAGGCACACAGUGUGUAGCUUGCCCUACUAAAUUACCGAUAAGGUGACUGGGAGGAUGAAUAUCUAAGUGAUUAAAUGCAGAGAAUUGUGUGAUAAUGUCAUAUCUGUGCUCCUAGUGAAUGGCAGGGUAGACGAUAUCCGGACUAGAUAGGAUGGCAUAUAGGCAAAACAAGUAACCAGAAAAAGGGCAUGGGAGUUUGACAUUAGCAAGUACUGAAAGAAGAUGUAUAAGGUGCAGCUUUCUAAGAGAGCAAUUUAGUCAGGCUUCAUGCAUGUCCAAGUUAAAGUUGAUGUUGCCAUUGGGGGUGACAAUGAGAAUUUCAGGGGCUUCCAUUUCCAGUGAAAGAUCAUGAGGUAGCGUAGUGUUCACUCAGCAACACAUUUUACUUUUUCCACCAAAUGUCACCCGGAUACAUGGAGUUUUUCCUUCUUGGAAUGUUAUAAUUUAAUAAUAUAAUAUAAUUAAAUCUCAUUUUCAAAGAAGCCAUCCAUAAGACCAUCCAUAAGGGGUUUUCAUCUCUUCUUUGCACAAUGAACCUCAGUGAAAUAUUUUAUUUUGUUUUCUUCCAAAGUAAAAAGUGAUCAUUAAUUAUAGAGAAUUAGAACUCCUGAACUACACUUUUCUCCUACUUGGUUCUUUUUGUCAAAAAUAUCAUUCCAACUCAGUUGAUCCAGAACUACUAAAAAAUAAAUGGUCUUUGCUUGGGUUCCCUCUGAAUCUGCAGAUCUUCAGGGAGGAUAUGAAGAUCAUAUCAUGAUACGGUUCAAGACUUAUUUUUAACACAUGCUUUUAUUUUUACCUAUUUCAAGGAAAAUGCAAAGUAUGGAGACACAUUUGGAGAAGGGAGAAUGAAACUUAUUUAAGUAAGUUCAUCCCAACAGUGUGUUUCACAGGGACUGGUUUAUCCUAACGGCUAAGCUAUUAUCAGAUUUACUCCACAGUAAUGAUAUUAUAAGGUCUUGAUAAAUAAACAUAAAAAUUUUCCCAUGGAACCUCAUUCUUUAUACAACAUUCUAGUUACUCUUAACUAUGAUUAGGUGCCUCAUGAAUAUAUCCCUUUAUUUAAUAGAGAUAAAGAUCCUUAACUUUUUUUUCUCUUUCCUUCAGAGUAGAUACUUUUUGAAAAAGAUUUCUCAUUCCUGCUGUUCAUAUGACACCUGAGCAAAUGAAGACUCCUUAAGAGCUAUCUAUGUAAUCUUGCCACCUUACCCUAUCUUUCCUAAGGCCUUCACUCAUUUCCUUCAGGAUUUCACUUGAGCCCACCCUAACCUCAGUCCACCGCCACCUCUAUCACUGCUAUUGUUGAGAACAUUUGUCUUCCAGUCCCUAGGGUGGAACAAGAUCAGGAGAAAGGCAAUGGUAUCUGCUGGGAAACGUUUAAGGAUUGAUUUGCUGGCAAAAUUCUGCUUUCCACUCCCACCUUCUACCAGUUUCUCCCACUCCUUGCCAGUCUUUCACGGCAUCACCUAACUUUUCGAACUCAUUGUCAUGUUCCUUCUUUGGGUGAGCCUUCCCCAUAACAUUUUGUAUUCUUCGGAAGACCGUGCCAAGAUGGAGAAAAAACUAUUAGCUGAUAUCUAAGACCAUAGAGGUGGGAGAAAAGUUAAUGAUUGUCUUCUUCAUUUGCUCAGACAAAAACAUAGUCUUCCCUAUCCCACUAACAGUGUCUUCUCUGGCUGUUCCCAUUUCUUUCUAUCUUUUAUGCCUGAAAUCUCCAGUUUUUAUACUUUUUGCCCAUGCAUUAUUCUGAUGGAGAACUGUCACCUUUUAUAAGGUCCAAAAAGGCUGUGCAUGCAAUUAGACUUGAUUUUAUAUCUAUUUUUAUUCAUAGUCCCCAUAUGGCCACUUAAGUUUUGGGGGUCUUCGUGCCAAAGAACUAUUCUCUGAUAACUGGGGCAUGAAGUAAAGGAAACAUAACAACAAAGCUAUUGGACCCAAAAUUGAGGUGGGAGGUCAGAGGAGGGAAGGAGGGACAUGGGCAGAUGGCUGUGGUGUGGGCAAUCUUUGGGAAGGGUCAAACUAUAAUGAAUAAUUUAAACCCUAGUCUCACCUUCUGUUUUGUAACAUCCUCUUUGGCACACACACACACACACACACAGAGUCUGGGUGCUCUUCCGUUUGCCAAUUCUGUCCCUCCAAGAUAAAGUCCAGAGCUCCUUCUUCACAUUAUUUUUGGCACCAGUAAAUGAGACUUUUUUUUCCUAUAGAGAUACUACUUUGAAGAAUUUAGAUGGCUCUACUUUAAGGGAGCAUAAACCCUGUGUUUGGGGGAAAAAAAUAAACCAACAUGGAAUUCCUACCCCUUUAAAAUCCUAGCCAGCCAGUAUUUCUUAGUCACCAAGGCAAUGUUGGCUUUUUUUUUUUGCCUGGUUUUUUUCCCCCCUCAAUGCCUCUGAGUAGAUUAUACUGUACUGUUGGAAUUGUCCAAAAUGUAUGUGAAACUCUUUUUCCAGUGUAGAAAUCAUCUUGGUGGGGAAUCUGCACUGGUUUGAUGUUUACGUUGCUCUUACCCGGUGCCUCAGAUACCUUUGUGACCAAAAUCGGCUUCAGCCACAUGGUAUAUUGGUGGUAAUAUUGUAUUACCUGGCAGCCUCUCUUGGAGUUUCUUACAGGGCUACAGAACUCUUGAUAACAACUCCAACUAAAGUCCACCCAUCACAAAUCCAGGUUGCUGAAACUGCCUAUCUUUAUUUCUUUGCUAAUAGAGUCCCCAUCAGUCAAAUGUGUUUACUAUAAUUUAAAGUUCAGGAUUAUCCUUCAAAUGGCAAGCCCUUUUGUAAAACUGGGUUGAGCAGAGUUGGAUUACAAAUUCUCUUUUUUCCUCAUGGGGAUUAUAAACUGUUGUGGAUUACCAGUCAGAACUCCAGAAUGCUUUCCUUACCAUGCAGAGCUCUGGGUAGUCAGUCUCCAAGCAAAGCUAUUCAGAGGACUUUGCAGACAGUCAGCAACCUAAAUUAAAUUAGCUUGCUUUCAUGCCAUGCUAGGGUGUUGGCUAUCCUACUGCCAAAAUAAAUAACCAAACAAACAAAUAAAAAUAAAGAUCAGUGUUUUCAAAAAUGUUUGGGCAAGGAUGUUAACUGAAUGAAUUCAUCACAACCUGACCAGAAGGGCCGUAUUAGUUGAAUUUCUGUGUUUUACUGACUAUGCUUUUGUCAUCCAACUAAGUACAUUGUCUUGUAUCACCAGGGUAUCCAUUUGGAAUGCUUUGGGUGAGGUUUGGUAUAACCACUCCAUAGGGGGAAUUCAAAUUUUUUAUCUUUGCAAGGGGGAAGAAAAGCCAGUUGUGGAGAAAGAACUGAUAUUUUUCUGUGAAUCAAGAGUAUUUUUAAAUUCUGAAUAAAGUUGAUUUGAAAACUUA